AUGGACGCCGGCACUAAGCCGCUGUGCUACGAGCUGCUGUCAGAAGUAGGCGAGGGCUCCUACAGUAAGGUGUAUAAAGCCAGAGAGGUGGGGGAGAAACAGCGCCUCCUGGCGGUGAAGAAAUUCAACAUCCACGGAGACACUUCAGACUCCGGGAUCCCCGCCUUUAUGAUCCGGGAGGUGGCGCUGCUGCGCAAGAUGAAGUACUUCAAUCAUCCCAACAUAGUCAAGCUGUUGGAUGCAUCUGUUGUACCAGUGGGCAGGAGCCUGGACCUCACUCUGGUGUUAGAGUACAUUGACCAGGACCUGUCCACAUACCUCUCCAAGGUUCCUGCUUCUGGAUUGAGCCGUGACAGUAUUAAGGAUGUGAUGCAGCAGCUGCUGCAAGGAUUGGACUUCUUGCACACAAACAUGGUGCUGCAUCGUGACCUAAAACCAGAGAACGUCCUGGUCAGCAGCCGCGGAGAAGUGAAGAUCGCAGACUUUGGGCUGGCACGCAUCUACACCUUUAAUAUCGCUCUCACUCCAGGUGUGGUGACGCUGUGGUACAGAGCUCCCGAGGUGCUGCUGAACUCUGUUUACAUGUCCUCAGUGGACAUGUGGAGCGCUGGCUGCAUCUUUGCAGAGCUCUUCCUCCUGAGACCGCUGUUUCAGGCGUACACAGAGGUGCAGCAGCUGCAGAAAAUCUUUGAGGUUCUUGGUUUGCCCAGUGAGGAGGACUGGCCCAAGGACAGCCCAAUCUCGUACUCAGUCAGCUGGGGACCGAAGGUUUCCUGCACCAAGCUGCUGCACAACCUGGGCCAGGACGAGAAUGACCUACUAGCUAAAUGUUUGGCAUUCAGACCAAGCAGCCGCAUCUCCGCUGCCAAAGCCCUGGCUCAUCCUUUCUUUAUGAAGCACUGAAGAUUUCAGUCGGAGGAUGAGUUGAAAUGAAGAAAACCUCAGCUCCUGCUACUCGGAG